UAGUUUUCCACCUACACAAUUUUAAGAGGCCCAACAUGAAUCACAAGCUCAUAAAAAUGUUUGUCCCAACAACGAACAGUUGGAUUCAUCAAUCCUCCACCAUACAAUCUCGUACAUGGACACAACUUGUCAAGAAUUUCGUAUGUUUCAGGGGAUAUUGAACAUCAUAUCUGCCAAUCAAGAGGGAAAGAGUAGUCAUGAUGCUAAGAAGCUCCUCUACGCCAGUUCUUGGAUCUCUUCUUCCGUCGUUUGCAGAGAGCCCCAACAGCAGCAGCCAUCACCUGUGUGAGCUGCAUGGCUCCACGCAGAAACAUACACCAAACACCAUUCAUGGCAAGCUUUCUUGUACCAAUGGAGGGUCUCAGAAUUUGAGCAAAUCCCUCUUUCAUUCUCCUUCAGUGGCUGAAAUCAAGGGCACAAGUAGGAGUUCUGGCAAUGAGUUUCGAAGGGCUCAAUCUGAAGGGAACUUGCAAGAGCUGGUUGAUGCUUCAUACAAUGUUGAUGAGUUCAGUCUUUCCAAAAAAUCUGCCAGAAAGAGUAACAGCUGCACUCUGGAGGCAAUUCCUUCUUUCUCGGUUCACCAUCCGGGAGCUCGUUUCGAAGACGGUGAUAGUGAUGAUGAGGAGGAGGCGAUUGAGGAAGAAGGUGAAGUGAAUGAUGAAGAAUUAGAGGUGGAAGAUAGUGUCAGUCCAUUCAGAAUGGAGAACUUGCUUUUGGAACAAAUGGGGACUAAUGUGAAUGGUUAUGGUAGUAGUUUGAGACUAGAAGGUGAAGGGAAAAUGUAUCUUGCAGCAGGGCUUGGUAUCUCAGGAAUCAGUUUUAUUGACGGCGGCGGCAGUAAUGGUGGUGGAGGAAGCUAUAGGCCGGUCGCUUUCGACCGCGAUGGUGGCGACAGCCAUGGCCUUAGCAUGGAAGAGCAUUACAAGAACAUGGUGGAGGGAGAUCCUGGAAAUCCAUUGGUCCUGAGAAACUAUGCCCAGUUCUUGUAUCAGAAAAAGGGUGAUCUUCAGAGGGCUGAAGAAUAUUACUCCAGGGCAAUUCUGGCAGAUCCAGAAGAUGGUGAAAUUCUGUCACAGUAUGCUAAACUGAUAUGGGAGCUCCACCAUGACAAAGAGAGGGCUGCUAUCUAUUUUGAACGAGCACUGCAAGCUUCAUCAGAUGACAGCCACAUACAUGCUGCCUAUGCUAGUUUCCUGUGGGAUACAGAAGAGGAUGAAGAAAAUGCUACAGAAAAUUCCCGAGUAGGGCAGCUACUCUUCCACCGUGAACUCAUGGCUUCUGCAACUGCUUAGUGUAAAUGCAAGUUCAGACAAUUUAUAGGAAAACAAGAUUUAUAAAAGCAUAUAGAAGAUUAUAUGUCCUUGUUUCCAUAAUAUGAAGUUGGGGUAAUAUAUCCACAAGAUGCAAAUGUUACAGGGUGUAUAUUCAGGAAGAAUACACUGCUACAAAUAAUAAUAGCUAGUUUGGAUUCUUAAA